ACGAACCCGCAUCGUUUUUUACAUUGGGUUUAUUAUCCUAUACAUUUCGGUUAAAUAUCCGAGUGUUUCACAAUCAAACUCUAGCUCUACGUGGGUGCUGAGAGGUGUUUAUCACUAAGUAGCACAUAACAUCUACUCUUAACGACAAUGGUGAAGAAGACAAAGUCUAAGGGUCUUGAUAGCAUGAACCACAAGCUUCAGCUUGUGAUGAAGUCUGGUAAGGUGUGCUUGGGUUUCAAGUCUACCAAGGCAGCUCUUCGUAACGGCAAAGCUCUUUUGGUUAUCAUUAGCAACAACUGCCCUCCUAUUCGCAGGUCUGAAUUGGAGCAUUAUGCCAUGUUGGCCAAGUGCAACGUACACAUGUUUGCUGGAGACAACAAUGAGCUUGGUACUGUAUGCGGAAAGUACUUCCGUGUAGGUUCUAUGGCUGUAUUGGAUGCUGGUGACUCUGACAUUCUUCGUGGAUAUGACUAGAGUUGAUGCAACAUCGUAAUAAUGUUAUGUCUGUUACU